AACAAUUAUAAAAUAAAUUUACGAUAAGUGUCAAUUGGAACGUGUCUGUUGACAGUGACAUUUAUUUAUUUUUGUAAUUUUGUACCGUAAUUUUACCACGCGUACUAAACAUUGUUAAAUAUGUCGAAAGAUAUAAAUCAAACAGAUAUAAUCAAUUUUUGUAAAGAACUAGGGUGCUGUAACGCGUGCUCUCUUCGCUAUGCCGGCAAUAAAAACCCUACGGCUUACGAAAAUGCCAGUGAAUUUGUACCUAAGCAACAAGAAACCACAGACUCACAAAAUGCAAUACCUGCGGAUCAACAAGCAACCAAUGGUAGUGUAGAUGCAAAUACUGAAACUAUAGAUAAUGAUGAGCCAGCAUGUAAAAAGCCUAAGCUGGAUGUAUGUAUCAGCUGCUUGGGGAUCCUGCAGGGGCGCUACUGGCUAGAGAGCAUGGAAAUGGUUAAGGAUGUUUUGGAAAAGAAGCGUUAUGCAUGCAAGACUUUUGCAUGCGGUCUCUCGUCCCCGAUAUCGGCACUGCUUAGAGAGAAGGCUAUUACACUAAGACUGGGUGAUAAAUUUAAAGAUUAUGAUGGAAAUUGUCUAACAGCCCUUAAGGAAGCUUGGAAAUGGUCUUUUGCUUCAAAAUUAGCUGAGCAUGUAUCAAUGACUUUGGAUUCUGGGGCUAUAUCACCUCUACUGGUCACCCUCAAUAUGGAAUAUCCACAAGACUUACAGGAAUUAGAAAUCCUCAAAACCCUUUCGCCAGCCCUAUUCCAGUCACGCAGUAAGCAAAAACGGCGCUUCACGGUGGAGUUCACUAGACGGUCAGUCGAGCAAGCACUAGAGAAUGUCACACAUGAAGCACUUGAAGCGGUUGAAGGGAAGGGUUUGCCCGCGGUGGAGUCCGCCGCGAAAUGCGUCAGUGUUGUGUGCGUGCAUGCGCCAGGGUACUUGGGAGGCAGGUACAUAAAGCUAAGUCGAGAGUUGCCGCAGACUCCUUGGCUGGUGAAUGGCGUGCGCAUGAUGGAGUCCUCCGUUCAGGAAAUCAUAUUUGAACCCAUAGCAAAACUAUAUGAAAUGUCGCCAGAGGAGAUGGAACACCGCAUGAAGUUCAUGUCGGCCGGGAGGGAAGACGUCGACGUCAGGUGCCUCGGGGACGGACGGCCCUUCGCAGUAGAGAUCACAGAUCCGCGCAGGGAGCCGAGUGAAGAAGAGUUGAGGCGCAUUUGUGAAGAGAUUUCCAAAGGAGGAAAAGUUGUUGUCAAAAGUCUUAUACCGGUCACAAGGGAAGACUUGACAGAGCUGAAGAAAGGUGAAGAGACCAAAUGUAAGACUUACGAAGCUCUGUGCAUAAAGUUGGGACACGCUGACGGCGACAAAGUUGCCAAUGGUGACACUCCCAUAGUAGUCACAGAACAGGAUCUCCACAAUAUAAACACGUACAGAAACACCCCAGAGGGGGACGAAGCGAGGAUACUGAUCAAACAGAAGACCCCUAUACGAGUGCUGCACCGGAGACCGCUGCUCACCAGGAGCAGGAGGAUAUACGACCUGGAAGCCACGGCCGUGCCAGGUCACCCGCAGCUGUUCCGGCUGCGCGUCCGCACGGAGGCGGGCACGUACGUGAAGGAGUGGGUGCACUCGGAGCUGCGCCGCAGCCGCCCCGCGCUGCCGCACGCGCUGCGCGCCCGCGCCGACAUACUGGCGCUCGACGUCGCCGUCGUGCAUCUGCGCUGGCCUAAUAUAUAACUUUAUAUCGA